UGUCUCUACGCUAUCGGUGGCCUAGACGGAACCUCGCGUCUGAACACGGUGGAGCGCUUCGAUCCAAAGACCGGAGUUUGGCACCGAGUGGCUUCCAUGAACUAUCGUCGCAGUGCCCUGGGCGCAGCCGUUCUCAAUGGGCGAAUCUACGUCUGCGGUGGCUAUGACGGUGUCGCCUCCCUACGCACCUGUGAGGUCUACAAUCCGGAACAGAAUAGGUAA